AUCGGUCUCCGUUCCCUGUGGGACUCAGCCUUCACAGAGGCCGACUUCGGGUCCGCCACAAUCCCAGGAUUCCCGACUCCCGGUUUCCUGCCCUUCUCCCCCUCCCAGUUCCCGGCGCCUGAGGGAGCGGCAAGAUGGCGGACGGUGACGGCUUGAGUGAAGCAGCGACUGCUGCGGCUUCUCCAGCACCUGCCUCUGGCCUGAGCCCGCCACUGGGCUGGAGGGAACGGCUGCGGGCCGGGCUGGCGGGGACUGGGGCCUCGCUGUGGUUCGUGGCGGGGCUGGGGCUGCUUUACGCUCUGAGGGUCCCGCUGAGGCUGUGUGAGAAUUUGGCAGCGGUGACACUAUUUUUAAAUUCAUUGACACCCAAAUUCUAUGUGGCACUUACAGGGACAUCUUCUUUGAUAUCAGGACUAAUAUUUAUAUUUGAAUGGUGGUACUUCCAUAAACAUGGCACAUCUUUUAUUGAACAAGUGUCUGUAAGCCAUUUGCGACCAUUGAUGGGAGGAACAGAAAGCAGCAUUUCAGAGCCAGGUUCUCCUUCCAGCAACAGAGAAAGUGAAACCAGCAGACAGAAUUUGUCAGAAUGCAAGGUAUGGAGAAACCCUCUAAACCUUUUCAGAGGAGCAGAAUAUAGGAGAUACACUUGGGUGACUGGUAAAGAGCCACUUACAUACUAUGACAUGAAUUUGUCAGCUCAGGACCAUCAGACCUUUUUCACCUGUGACACAGACUUUUUACGUCCUUCAGACACAGUUAUGCAGAAGGCAUGGAGGGAAAGAAAUCCUCCAGCUCGAAUCAAAGCAGCCUACCAAGCUUUAGAAUUAAACAAUGACUGUGCCACUGCAUAUGUUCUACUGGCUGAGGAAGAAGCAACAACUAUUGUAGAUGCUGAAAGGUUAUUUAAACAGGCACUCAAGGCAGGAGAAACAAUUUAUAGGCGGUCACAGCAGUGCCAGCACCAAAGUCCUCAACAUGAAGCUCAACUGAGAAGAGAUACCAAUGUACUGGUGUAUAUUAAAAGAAGAUUGGCAAUGUGUGCAAGAAAAUUAGGAAGAAUAAGAGAAGCAGUAAAAAUAAUGAGAGAUUUGAUGAAAGAAUUUCCUCCUCUUACCAUGUUGAACAUCCAUGAAAAUCUCCUAGAAUCACUUUUAGAAUUACAGGCCUAUGCAGAUGUUCAGGCAGUCCUAGCAAAAUAUGAUGAUAUAAGCCUUCCAAAGUCAGCAGCAAUCUGUUAUACAGCAGCACUAUUGAAGACAAGGACUGUUUCAGAUAAAUUCUCUCCAGAAACAGCCUCCAGAAGAGGAUUAAACACAGCAGAAAUUAAUGCUGUGGAAGCAAUUCAUAGAGCUGUGGAAUUUAAUCCUCAUGUCCCAAAAUAUUUACUGGAGAUGAAAAGUCUAAUUUUACCUCCAGAACAUAUUCUGAAACGGGGUGAUAGUGAAGCAAUUGCCUAUGCUUUCUUUCAUCUUCAGCACUGGAAGCGAAUAGAAGGCGCUCUUAAUCUGUUGCAGUGUACGUGGGAAGGCACUUUUAGAAUGAUUCCAUACCCAUUAGAGAAAGGCCAUCUAUUUUAUCCUUAUCCAAGCUGCACAGAGACUGCUGAUAGAGAGCUAUUACCUACCUUUCAUCAUGUUUCUGUUUACCCAAAGAAGGAGCUUCCUUUUUUCAUCCAUUUCACAGCAGGACUGUGUUCUUCUACAGCAAUGAUAGCUCUUCUCACACACCAGUUUCCUGAAAUCAUGGGUGUUUUUGCUAAAGCUACCUGCAUUGCUGAAUAUGUUAUUGCCUUAACUUCAGUUCCCUGAAGAUGCUUGGACAAUGAGGAUUCUUCUCCCUACCCAACUGACUAUAAUUUGAAAAUUCUUUGAUCAGUAUUAAGUAUUUUCAUUUCCUGGGGUAUGAAGAAUUCAUCAGCACUGAAUUUAUAGAGCCACUCAUCCAAAAAAUGAAACAGAAGAGAUUGUAAGUCAUUUCCCUGGGUUUCUAUUUCUAUUGUUUGGAGGGGCUCCACAGUCCCAGUAUCUGUCAUGUAACCAAAUAUGGCUAUUGCACAUUGUUUGAAUGCUUCCUCCAGAGUAUCUCCCCGUGCAUAUAACUGGACAUCCGCUAUAUGAUCCAAAUACUCAUACUUCUGAUUGACUGGAUAUGUGGCCUUGAUUGCCUUCUGCUCCUCAGUCAAAUUGUAAUCUCUAACAUCUUCCUCUUCCUGCACUAUGAUUGCAGCCUGUGUCCCACAAAUAUUGAUGUUGUGUUUUCAUUUUUAUUCAUAUCAAAAUAUUUUAUAAUUUCUUUACGGGCCCACGGGUUAUUUAAAACUGUAAUUUUUCAGAUAUUUGGAGAUUCUCCAGAGACAUUUGUUAUUAAUUUCUAAUUCCUUUGUAGUCAGGGAACAUGCUUUGUAUGAUUUAAAUCCUUUUAAACUUAGACAUUUUAAUUAUGAGCCUCAUUGUGAGUGUUUUGUGUGUACUCAAACAUAAUGUAUUCUGCUGCAUUCGGUUGGAGUAUUCUAUAACAAUUUACCCUGUUUAUGUCUUCAUAUUUAAAGUGGAUUUAUUGUAGGGGGCAUAUAUUUGAGACUUACUUUUUUACUAAUCUGACAAUCUCUGCCUUCAUUUGGGUUGUUUAGACCAUUUACAUUUUAAGUUAUUAUUGAAAUGGCUGGUUUUCAAUCAACAAUCUUGCUAUUUUCCCAUCAUUUGUUCUUUACUCCCCUUUUCCUUUUCCUUUGUUUUGGAUUGAGUCCUUUUUAUGAUUCCAUUUUUAUCUCCUUUGUUGUCUUAUGAACUUUGUUUUGUUUUGUUUUUUUAGUGGUUGCUAGAGGGCUUACAGUAUACGUAUUUAACUUAUCAUGGUCUACCUUCAUAUAAUAUUACACUGAUUCAUAUAUAGUAUAAGAAUCUUACAAUGGUUUACUUCUAUUUCUCAGCCUAUUAUUUUUUCAGUACUAUUGUCAUGCAUUUUACUUCUACAUAUGUUAUAAAUCCUACAGUCAUUGUGAUAACUUUUUAAAGAGAUUUAAAAAAUAAGAGAAUAAUCUUUAUAUUUACCCAUAUAGUUACCAUUUCUAGUGCUCUUCAUUUCUUUGUGUAGAUCCAGAUUUCUGGAAUCAUUAUCCUUUUGCUUGAAGUAUUUCCUUUAAUAUUUCUUGUACUGAAGGUCUACUGACGAGUACUUUCAGCUUGUACAUGUUUGAGAAAAGUCUUUAUUUUGCCUUAGUUUUUGAAAGGUAUUAUAGAAUUCUAGGUAUAGAAUUCUAGGUUGAUAUUUUUUUCCUCAGUACUCUAAAGCUUUCACUCUACUAUCUUCAGGAUUAUAUUGUUACCAAUGAAAAGUCUGCUGUUAUUCUAGUUCAUUUUUAUAAUAUGGUCUUUUCCAUCUGGUUUUGAAAGUUUUCUCCUUAUCACUCACUAUUUUGAACAAUUUAUGAUGUUCCUUGGUAUAGUUUCCUUCGUGUUUCUUGUACUUAGAAUCUAUUAACAUUUUUUUUUAUUUGUGAGUUUCUCAUUUUCAUCAAGUUUGGAAAAAUUUGGCCAUUAUUUGUUCAGAUGUUUUCCUUCCAGGACUCCAAUUAAACUUAUAUGAAGGUCACUUGAAUUUUUCCAAAGCUCCGUGAUAUUCUGUUUAUUGUUAAAAUCAUUCUUUAUGUUCUAUAUUUCAUUAUGCAUUAUGGAUAGUUUUUAUUGCUAUUUUUUUCAAGUUUGACAAUCAUUUAUUUCUUCCAUAGUGUGUAAUCUGUUGUUAAUUCCAUCUGAUGUUUUUUUUUAAUCUCCAAUAGCGUGGUUUUCAUCUCUACAAUUAUGAUUUGAGUCUUUUCUAUAUCUUUCAUGUUUCUAAUUAACAAACUCAAUUUUUCCUCUAUAUUCUUGAACAUAUGGAAUUCAGUGAUAAUAGCUGUUUUAAUAUAAUUGUAUACUAAUUCUAUCAUUGUGUCAUUUUGGGUUUAUUUUCAAUUGAUUGUUCUCCUCAUUAUGGGCUAUAUUUUUCUGCUUCAUUGCAUGCCUGUUAAUUUUUGAUUGGAUGGUAGACAUUGUGAAUUUUAAUUUUUAGGAUGCAGAUACUUUUGUUUUCCUAUACAAAUUUUUGAGCUUUGUUGUGGGAUGCAGUUAUUUGGAAACAGUUUGAUCCUUCCAAGUUUUGCUUUUAAACUUUUUUGGGGGGUGGGAGCGUUUAGUCUAGAGCUAACUUUGGCAUACUAUAGAGACAACUUUUGACUACUCUAUCCAAUAUCCUGUGAAUUAUGAGAUUUGUCAUUCUGCCAAGUGGGAACAGAAACUGCUCCAAGUCCCAUGUGAGCUCUGAGUAUUGUCCCUCUAAUUCUUUGGAUUGGUUCUUUCAUUGGCCUUGAGUCUUUUCCAUCAUAUGCCUACGUUGAUUAGUACUCAAUUGAAGACUCUGGGAGAAGCCUCUGAGGCUCUCUGGAGAUCUCGCUCAUUGUAGCUCUCUUGUCUCCAAUACUCUUCCUUCUCAAUCCGCAGCUUCAUCUCCGCACCCUGGGGAGUUGCCAGGCUAUGCUGGGGCAAUCAUAGGACUCACUUUGUUUUCCAUCUCUGUUCUUUGUUGCCUGAUAUCUGAUGUCUUGAAAGUUGUUGUUUAAUAUAUUUUGCUUGGUGUUUAGUUGUUUUAGGUGGGAGAAAAAAAUCCAGUCCCUGUUAUUUCAUCUUGGCCAGAAGCAGAAUUCUCUAAAAUAAAUAAUAUCUAUCCUUUGACUCCA